GAAAGAGGAAAGUGGAAAGAAAGAAAGAAAUCUUGGUAAUCAAGCGUGACCAACUCUUCUUCUUAAAUGGUGGAGACUUUUUUCUUAUAAUUAUUUUCUAAUUCAUCAAAAUCAGUAUCUAAGGUUUGUUUUAUCUGGUGGGGUCUAGAAGAAUAUACAAUGUCUCAGCUUCUCUUCCGUCUCUCCAAACUAUCAUCUCGCAACAACAAUAUGAUACACGAGAGCGCUCGUUUGUUCUCAACCAGCCCGUAUCUGACACUUGGCACUAGGGUCAAGGAAGUUCUGCCCGGUGGCUGCAAAAUUGCAGACGUUCUCUUGUUCGACCCUGCUGAAGAAGAGUUAGUCACGGUCCCCGACAAAACAGUUCCCAAAGAGCUCAUGGACGAAGAAAUGGUCGGUGCUUCCCAUGGAUGGGGUGUUUUCUGUGCUCGGCACGAUCGUUCCGUACGCAUCAGCGACUUAUACAAUCCAUUGGCAUCCAAAUCAAACCCCACCAUGAUUACUCUGCCUCGGCUUACUGCUCUGUCCUCUAACUACUGCAACGUGGCGAUGACCUCUUCCCCUCACCUUGAAGACUGUGUAGUGGCUAUCAAGUUCGUCGGUGACCAUCUGAGUCUGUGCAGGCCCGGUCGUGACCUUGAGUGGACUAACAUCUUGACCCCUCCUAGCUGCUUGGAAAACUCAAAUCUUAUGUAUUCCAAAAGAGACCAAAAGUUCUACUUGCCUGCUCCUGGAGGUAAAUACUUGUUCUCCUAUCAUCUCCACUCCAAGGAAGAAGAUUUCCCUGAGGUCCAAGAGGUGGUCUACCGUGGCCACCCAGAGUUGGAUCAGUCGGAAUGGGAGCUUUUGAGUUCGUGUACCAGGACGGAGCAUCUUGUGGAGUCACCCUUUAGUGAUGAACGUUUCCUAGUCAAAUGGUACGCACAUGGCUUCUACUCGUCUGUGUUGGAAAGAAUUGACCACAUAACAAAGAGGUUUAUGGUGUUUAGAGAGGAGGAGACGACAGAAGGAAGCAUCAUGUGUUACACUGAGGACAUUGGAGACAUGUGCAUUUUCCUUGCAAACAGCGAGGCUUUCUGCGUCCCCGCUAGCUCCUGCACCGGCCUCAAACCCAACUCCAUAUAUCAUAUGGGACGUGGCUUAGGUUUUUACGAUCUCACUACUGGAAACCCACAUCAGUACCUAGCUCCUGAUGGUGUACCCACGCUAUCUUACUGGCUUCCUCCCUUCUCAAUCUAGAGGUAGUUGUAGUAAUGGUGGCUAUUCUUGUGUUUAAUUGUUAGUUACUAUUGACAAGUUUGGAUUGCUUUAGAUAAUGUGACUGUUGUUUUCAGUGCAAUUUCUAUACUGAUGACAUAUCUUUGAUGA